CGUCCCGGAAACCCGGAAGCGCCGCCGGGAGCCGGGCGAUGGCGCGGCCGAGGAGAGGCGGCGGGGAGCAGCUGGUGCAGCUGAACGUGGGCGGCCGAAGGUUCAGCGCCUCCCGCCAGACCCUCUCGUGGGCGCCGGACUCCUUCUUCGCCAGCCUCCUCAGCGGCCGCAUCUCCACGCUGAAGGAUGAAACCGGCGCGAUCUUCAUUGACCGUGACCCUGACAUCUUUGUCCCCAUCCUAAACUUUCUCCGGACCAAGGAGCUUGACCUCAGGAAGAUCAACGUUUCCUUGUUGCUGCAUGAAGCAGAAUUCUACGGGAUCACUCCACUCGUUCGCCGCCUGCAGUUGUGCUGUGAGCUGGAACGAUCAUCUUGUGGGAAUGUCCUUUUCAAUGGUUAUCUGCCGCCACCAGUGUUUCCUGCUAAGCGGUGGAACCGUCACAGUGUUGCAGGGCCACAGCUGGCUGUCCGGUCAGGGAACUUCUUGGAGCGGGGGCUUGUGCGGCGGAGCAAUACGAUGCCCCUCAGUCUUGGCAACGCUGGGCUGCUGGGACGGUUGCUGGAAGAGAGAGGCCCAGGCGCUGGCACCGCCAAUGACGCAGGCAUGGUGCGCCUUGUCUGUGGGCAUCAUAACUGGGUUGCAGCAGCCUAUGCGCAGUUCCUGGUCUGUUACAGGAUGAAAGAGACGUCUGGGUGGCAGCUGGCAUUCUGCAGCCCCCGGCUGGAUUGGGUAAUUGAACGCGUGGCACUGAAUGCCCGGGCUGUCGCUGGUUCGCUGGGUGACCACGAUAAGAUGGUGGCUGUUGCCUCCUGCAGCGAGAUUCUUCUUUGGGCACUCCAGCCUGAUGGGAGCGGCGUGGAAAUUGGUGUGUUCCACUUGGGGGUCCCUGUGGACGGUCUCCUGUUUGUGGGCAGCCAGCUCAUUGCUACCAGCCACACAGGAAAGAUUGGCGUCUGGAAUGCCGUCACCAAGCACUGGCAGACUCAGGACGUGAGCCCAAUAAACAGCUUUGAUGCCGCGGGCUCUUGCUUGCUGCUAGGGUGCACCAAUGGCUCCAUCUACUACGUUGAUGUGCAAAAGUUCCCACUGCGCAUGAAGGACAACGACCUGCUGGUCACAGAGUUGUAUCGUGACCCUUCUGAGGACGCUGUCACUGCCCUAAGCGUCUACCUCACACCAAAGAGCAGUAACAGUGGACACUGGAUCGAGAUUGCCUACGGCACCAGCUCAGGAAUGGUCCGGGUGAUUGUCCAGCAUCCAGAAACAGUGGGCUCGGGGCCCCAGCUGUUCCAGACGUUUGCUGUCCACCGCAGUCCAGUCACAAAGGUCAUGCUUUCAGAGAAGCACCUGAUCUCAGUCUGCACUGACAACAACCAUGUCCGGACAUGGACGGUGACGCGAUUCCGCGGGAUGAUCUCUACGCAGCCAGGCUCGACUCCGCUGGCCUCUUUCAAGAUCUUGGCCCUGGAGUCUGAGGACGGACGGGGGGCCUGCAGUGCUGGCACAGAGAUAGGCCCCUUUGGGGAGCGGGACGAGCAGCAGGUGUUCCUCCAGAAGGUGGUUCCAGACUCCGGCAAGCUGUGCGUGCGCUUGGCCUCAACCGGCAAAAGGAUCUGUGAAGUGUGCUCUGGAGAUGGGUCUCCUAUCACUGCCUUCACGGUGCAGGAAUGCGAGGGUUCCAGCCGCAUUGGCUCUCGCCCACGCCGCUACCUGUUCACUGGCCACAGCAAUGGCAGUCUCCAAAUGUGGGACCUUACCACGGCCAUGGAAAUGCCGGAUCGAGCGCCAGAUGCCAGCGGUCUCUCCGAGGAGGAGCUUCUACAGGAGCUGGGGCACUAUGACGUGGCACUCACCCACACCCCAGAGAUAAACCCAGCUAGAACCACCACCCCAAGUACCCCCUGUGCUGCCAGCCCCAGCCAAGAUGCCGACGUGGCCCAAGAGAAGCCAACUCUGGGUUCCUUGGCACUUCCUUGCCGCUCAGCCCAUGAGAGUCUGCCCCGGUCUGUCGCUGGGGACCUUGACCGGUGGCAUGGAGGCGGGAACUUUGUCGAGCAAUGCCAGGAACUCGCCCGCUUCUCUGAGCUUUCCCAGCCCGAGGGAUGUUGGGCCGACCGUGGCAGGGAGGUGGGGGCCAGGGCCAGACACUGCAGGCAGCCCGUUGGCACUGCUGACCAAAGACCAGCCAGCCUCAGCCCCGCCUCAGCCGAGCCUGCCUUCCCGCUGGCGGCACCCAGCAGAGCCCAGCUUAGCGAAACCUCUUUCUGACGGGCUGCUGGCCGAGCCUGGCGCUAUGCCUGGCAGCGCUCUCGAAAGGGUGCCUGCUGCCCGCUCAGGGCCCUUGAGGGCUGCUCCUCUCCAGCCUUGCUGCCAGGCGGGCCGCGAUCGUGAGGCUCUCGGCUGCUCCCUGAUCUGCUCCCGCCUUCGCCAAGCAAGAACACAGGCCUGGCCAAGGAGUCCCUGGCCUCGCCAAGACAAAGCUGUGCCCCCAGCACAAAGUCGUCGUGUGCCUUUUGUCUGCAGUCUGUGAGCCUUCUCUACCACCACCACCCCAAUUUGCAGGGGCACUCAGGGGUUUUGCCCCCAGGGCACAUGCAAAGGAUUUUGCACAGGAGCAAAAUGGACGCUUGCAGCAGCACACACUGGGGAUCACAGUGGCUGUGGAGUCUUCCCCGAGGCUGGAUGCUCCCUCCAAAAAACCAAAGCUAUGUCUGUGAUUGAGACCCACGUGCCGCUACUGUCUUUUUUCCUUCUGAUCUCAGCCUUAGAGUGGCAAUAAACAAACUUGGA